AGCCGUGGUGCUGCAGAGACACAGAGGCAUGCUGUGAGAUCGAGCAGCAUCAUCUGGACAGAACCCACAACAUCAACGCAGCACCGACAGCUUCGGUCAGCAGUGACGAUCACGACAACCUGAACCAGGGAGGACAGCAUCACAGAUAUCAAGCUGGGGACCGCAGAGUGUGCGGGUCGGCCAGAGGCCAUGCUGCUGGUCCAUAAUGCAGAGAAACAGUCUUUUUCCUUUAAGAAUUGCUCUGCCUUCCAAUUUGUCAAGAGGAAGGUUCGCAGAUGGAUGCAGAAUCCAAAGGUGGAUUUGGAGAAGGUCCAGACUAAAGGUUUUCUGUCUUCAUGUCCAAAAUGUCAAGAAGGGCAGGAUCUGUGGUACACACACUUCCCUGCACCGUACGGCUGCUGCUACUACAGUCCCGGAGGAUACUAUCUCCCUCUACCACCCAGCCCUCUCUGUCAGCCCUGUGCCCCAUGCGCGCACUGCCAGCCAGACAAAAACUACACAUGCAAGCUGAGAAAAUGGAAGAUGCUCAGUCAACACCACAGUGAUAAUAAAGUGAAGGAGGCAGAGCCAGAGAUGCACAUGAUCUGCCCCUGGACAAUGUCACCCCUACUGGGAAGCCCUGUACUGCAGAAAUGUUGUAUCUGCAAUGGACCUUUCAUCACUUAUGGGAAUGAGGAGGCAUGGCAACCACGUCAACGCACACAGGCAAUGGACCUCUACUACCAUGGAUACCCUGAAUCUGAUUAUUGCUAUUCGUCUGACACCACGUUUAUGAAACAGAGAAAGAUGGGACUGAAUGACUUUAUCCAGAAGCUUUCCACAAACAAUUAUGCAUGCAAACAUCCUGAGGUUCAGUCCAUCUUGAACUUGACACCUCCACAAGAUGCCGAGCUAAUGAACAGCAACCCUUCCCCACCGCCUAGCCCUUCUCAGCAGAUCAACCUCGGUCCCUCUUCCAACCCCACUGCCAAACCCUCAGACUUUGACUUUCUCAAGGUCAUUGGAAAAGGCAGCUUUGGCAAGGUUCUGCUGGCCCGACACCGGAGUGAUGAGCAGUUCUAUGCAGUCAAGGUGCUGCAGAAGAAAGCCAUCUUGAAGAAGAAAGAGGAGAAACACAUUAUGUCCGAGCGAAACGUUUUACUGAAGAAUGUCAAGCAUCCAUUCCUGGUGGGCCUGCAUUAUUCCUUUCAGACUGCUGAUAAACUCUACUUUGUACUGGACUACAUCAAUGGUGGCGAGCUGUUCUAUCACCUGCAAAGGGAGCGAUGUUUUCUGGAGCCACGUGCACGGUUCUAUGCUGCUGAGAUUGCAAGCGCCUUGGGGUACCUACACUCUUUGAACAUUGUGUACAGAGAUCUGAAGCCUGAAAACAUACUUCUGGACUCACAAGGACACAUCAUCCUGACUGACUUUGGCCUCUGCAAAGAGAAUAUAGAACCCAAUGGAACAACAUCUACAUUCUGUGGAACACCGGAGUAUUUAGCACCAGAGGUCUUGCAUAAGCAGCCAUAUGACAGAACGGUGGACUGGUGGUGUUUGGGUGCAGUGCUGUAUGAAAUGUUAUAUGGCCUGCCUCCAUUUUACAGUCGUAACACAGCGGAAAUGUACGAUAAUAUCCUGAACAAGCCACUGCAACUCAAACCCAACAUCUCCAAUGCUGCCAGACACCUGCUGGAGGGUCUGCUGCAAAAGGACCGCACCAAGAGACUGGGCUUCACUGAUGACUUUACUGAGAUAAAAAACCACAUGUUCUUCUCUCCCAUAAACUGGGAUGAUCUGAAUGCCAAGAAGCUCACUCCCCCCUUCAACCCUAAUGUGACGGGGCCUAAUGACUUGCGGCACUUUGACCCCGAGUUCACUGAUGAGCCAGUGCCAAGUUCAAUUGGCUGCUCCCCGGACAGUGCUCUCAUCUCAGCCAGCAUUACAGAUGGAGCCGAGGCAUUCCUAGGCUUCUCUUACGCCCCUGCAGUGGAUUCCUAUCUGUAGGCCAUUGACGCAGAAACGGCAUCUCAUAGACUCUUACCUGUAGCUCAUUACCAUGGAAACAUUGUCCCAUGGAAUAACACCUGUAGUGCAUCACUAUGAGAAAGAAACCCCAGUCACAUUUCCCUGCCUCCAGAUGGGGGUAUUCGCAUAUGACAUAACGGCAGCUCAAAAGGCCUUUGUUAAAAGGCUGGAGUUUUACGCAUAAUAAAAGACUUCUCAUCUUCAUCGUCCGCAUCCAACUGCACGGUUUCUCCUCCGCUUUCCAAUAGAUGGUGAACGAGAGAGCGAGAAGAUUGAUGCUGAUGGAUGUUUAUUAUUGUAUAUUUUUUUCAGUUUAUUUACUUUUAAAGGAUUGUUGAUGUUAGAACGAGACAUUAUGGAUGGAGUGUGUGUAUGAGAAAGUGUCAUCUUAACACCCCUUACCCUUUUACACAUGUUUAAACUAAUUAAUAUGAUCUGGCAUGCCAGUCAGUGUCAGAUAUAAAUAUAGUCAUCAUGAUGUUAAAACCACUGAAAUAUAUCAGCAUCUGAGAUAUAUAUAUAUAUAUAUAUAUACAGUACUGAGCAAAAGUUUUAGGCACAUGAGAUGUUUCACAAAAAAACAUUUAUCUUAAGAAGGUUAUUUGUAUUGUCAGCUUUAGUUUGUCAAUGGAAAAUAUACAUUUUAGACUCCCAAACAUUUAUUUUGCAAAUAGAAUAGAAUACAAGAACAGGGAGCCCUGCAACAGAUGGUAUGGCCCCCACAGAGCCCCCCACUGAACAUUGAUUCAGUCUGGGAUUACAUGAAGUCACAGAAGCAAUUGAAACAGCCUAAAAAGAUUGGAAGAACUGUGGCGAAUUCGCCAAGAAGCUUGGAACAUCCUAUCUGCCAACAACUAAUAAAACUGUGUCCAGGUGUACCUGGGAGAAUUGGUGCUGUUUUGAAGGCAAAGAUGGUCAUACCGAAUAUUGAUUUACCUUUUUUAUGUUAAUUGGAAUUUGUAUGACGUUAAUUGAUAAAUGAAAACUAUUUAUGUCAUUAUUUUUGAAGACAUCCUCACUAUGCAACAUUCUAAAACUUUUGCACAGUAGUGUAUAUAUAUAUGAUAUAUUUGUGAUCAGUUACGCAUCUGGGAUCAAGUUGCACAUUUAGUUCUUCAUUAUUUUCCUAAUUUAAAGAGCUCUUGCCUUUUUUUUUCGUAGUUUUUUUGUUCUUUUGACUUGAGUGGGAGGUGCUAGAGGGAUCUGCUGCUACUGUAUUUUGAUAGGCACCUGGACCAACAAAUCAGAUAGCUCCGUCUCACCUUAGUCUUCCAGCUUCCUAAGAUGUAAUCGUACAGCUCAGACAUGUACUGUUUUGUCUGAACAUCACAUUCCACUGUGUAAGACUGUAUUGCUAUUUAAGUUUGUAUAUUUUAAGUCUAUGUAUUAAUUUUAAUGUAUAUGAAACAAAAACUUAAAAGUAUGCUUAUGUACUGUAAAAUUGUAAAAUGUUUGAAUCAUGUGACCUUGUUUGGUUUGCAAUAAAACUUUAUGGUUAUUUUUCCCCAAACAA